AAACGGUUACAUUGCUGUAACCAGCGGUGAAGCAUUCAUAACUCGUACUCAGUGCCUGUGUUACUUCCAUUCAGGACUAAACAGCGAGAGGACUCCGAGACAUAUAAACCUAAACCUGAUCGGGACGACAACACGAGAUUGGAACUUAAGCCGUCAUGAGAUCAUCAGCAGCUCCGUGUAUUGUGAUCCUUUUCUUCACUCUCUCCGCUUCAGGCUCCUAUCCCAAAGCACAGAAUGUCACUUGGAAAUCAACCAACUUUAAAACUAUUUUGACAUGGCAGCCUAAGCCAUCAUCCGAUUACUCCUACACAGUAGAAUUUUCUACGCUUAGCGGCAACAAAGAGGUGAACGCUCACUGUAUCCGGACCUUCGGGACGGUGUGCGAUCUGUCCAGCUCUUUGACUGACUUGAAAACCUGCUACACGGCAGAUGUAAAGUCUGUACCCCUGCCUGGAGCCACCUCUGACCUCAUUGAGUUCCCUUACACCAGCUCACCACGAUUCUGCCCUUACCAAGACACUGAUAUAGGCAAACCUGAGUUCAAGUUGACUGUAAGUGAGGACAAAAGGACCACAACCCUGCAUGUGACUGACCCACUCACAGCCAUAUUCAAAGAUGACCGCCAGCUGAACAUCAGGGAUAUCUACUCUGACGAGCUACAGUACUAUGUCACCUAUCGGAAAAACAAGAGCACCGGCAAGAAAGAAAAGACCUCUAAGAGUAACGUGAUAGAGAUUACCGGACUGGACAAGGGAGAGAGCUACUGCUUCAACGUUCAAGCUUUCAUCCCCAGUCGCAACGGUGACAAGGACAAAGGAGAGCUUAGUGUAACCCAGUGCACUAAUGACGACCAGUCAUUCUUUAAAGUGUAUUCAGUGGCUGUAAUCGCCGCUGCCAUCUUCCUCAUCUUGCUGCUGAUUGGCCUCAUCGUUGCUGUCACAGUGGUCUGCUACAAAUGCCGGGUGAAAGCUCUGAAAAAAGGGAAUAAAGAAUCAGAAUCACCACUGCGGGAUGUAUAGAGUUUGUUUUUCAUCUAAGAUCAAGUCUGACAUUUCAUUUUCAAACACUGGAAUCAAUCCUUCUUUUAGUUUCUGUGAAACUGUCUCUGAAUAAAAAAAGACAUAUUUGAUUUAGUCUUUGUUUUCUGAUGCUGCAGAAAAAGAGUAAUUAUAAAAACAAUGUUUGGGCACUGCGGGCUUUCACACUACCAACAGAUUGUACGUUGUAUUUCACUUCUUAGACUACUUUGUACAGAAAAAGAUAUUUAAGAGACUGUAGAAUGCAACAUUUCUAUGAAAAAUCAAGGCCUAGUACGAUCAUGUUUGUAUGCAGUGCUUUAUUUAUUGCUUUAGAUGAAAUGUACAUGUAUUUAUAUGAUGCUGUUUUAUACUUUAGAUACUGAUCAUUUUUUGUAAAAAGUAACAAAUUCCAUGCCAACACUGUUAAAUGAUGGAUGUUUAGAAUUUAUUGUCAGUCAUUUUGGUUAUGUAGAUUGGUCUAACAGUGAUGCAAACCAUAGAACUGAUAAUAUUGCUUGAUGAUGAUGAGUUCUGUAAGGAAAGAUCUGUGAGUGUGCAUUAAAUGCAGCAGGAAUAAAAAGGGA